AUGGCAAAGAGAGCUUUGGGAUUGGGUCAGAAGAGCAAGGAGAAGAAGAGAAAGUUGGAGGAAAAGCAGGCAACGGACUCCAGGGAUGCAACACCGGGUGCGGAUCAACUGAGUGUUGAAAUGGACGAAAAUGCCGACUUGGAUAAUGAGUUUUCUCAGCUGAAGGGCCUGUGGAAGACGUAUUUUGCCUCUGAUAGGGAGAGUGAGAUGGUCUUGAAUGGUAUCGUCCACGAAUGUGACAGAUUGUUGCGCCAGUCGAGUGAGGAUGCGGCCGUAAAGGCAUCAUUGAGCGGUGAGUUUCACUCGAUUUACGCCCUAGCGUUGUCUGAAUUAACUAUUUUCAAAGCCGGUGAGGAUGGCGACUCGAAGGAUGAAAAAUUGGUAAAAGGAUUUUUCGAUAAUGCUCUGGAGAGAUGUGAACUGGGGCAGAGCAGUUUCCCAGAUUCGGCAUUAUUGAAUCUCGUCAAGGCAAAGAUUAUUAUCCAGAGGAUACCCUUGGAAUACAUAUCUCAAUUGAAUGUGAAGAGUACUGGCAAGAGGUUUGACGUAGAUCUUGAUGACCAAUUGGAAAUUGCAAAGAAGAACUUCAAUAUUUACGAUGAUGAUUUGCAAUUAUCGUCUGAGGUGUUGCAAAUGCUAGAUGAUUUAUUGGAUAUUGUAGAAAACUUCGGCCACGAGGAUGAUAUCGAUGAAGGUUUGGACAGUGACGACGAAGAGGAGUUGGAAAAAAUUGAAUUAUCUCCAUCUCACCCCUUGUUUAAAUUGCAAAAAUCCGUUCCGGAGAAUUACAAAUGGCUAAGAGAACAGAUGAUCCAAUUAUUACAACAUAUUAAAGAAAAGGACUCCAAGUUGUACCACGACACUGCCAGAUCCAUCGGGCACCUAUAUUUAAAAUUUGCUGAAGAACCGUCCAGUGAAUUCAUGCGUUUGCAAUAUGGUGAUGAAGAGGAAGAUCCAAAGAAGCAAUCAGCCAGUAAAGACUGCAUCAAUGCUCAACGAAAUGCUUUAAAAUAUACAAAAGAGGCCCUGAAAUAUUUAGAAAAGGGGAAAAUAUCAGACGAACCGGAAACAUGGGUUGAAGUAGCAGAAGCCUACAUCAGUCUGGGUAAUUUGUACGAUUAUCAAUCAAAGGAUCAAGAACACGCCUACAGCGUCGCCGAGACAAUCCUGAAAAAGGCUAACAAAGCUUCACAUGGUAAAUUCCAAGACAUCCUCGACAAUUUGCUGGACAAGGAAUAG